GACUUUGGAACUUACUUCUCCUCCCCUGUUUGGUUUUUUGGUUCAAUUUGAUUACAUAGCAAGUUACACACAUCAAGUUUCCCAACCAAAGCUUGUGACUUUAUCUCUAUCUCACCCCCACUAUGAGCUUUGAGGGGUUUGAAUUGUGUGUGUUUUUGAUGUGUUUGACCUUUUGAGGUUGAAAUUGUGAGGAUUGCAUAUAUUUCUUUCUGACACACCCACCUAUUUAACAAAUGGGAAUAUUAAUUACCUUUUUGAUUUAAUAAAUUUUGGUGGUGACUGUGAAGAAUAGCAAUUGAUUUUAUUUUGGUGCUGAAUUAGAGAAUGAGAGAUACAACAUUUGGACAGAAACAGAUAAAUAAAUUUAUUCUUAUUAGAAGAAGCAAGUGUUUUUAUACGAAUUUCUUUUUGGGAUUUGGAUUUUACGGGCCUAGGGUUCUCUUUUCAUACCUUUAACUUGUGCUUUAUUUGUGAUUCUUCGUCGCCAUUCUCUUCUGGGUUGUUCAAGUUCCUCAAUUUCCUCAUCUGGGUCUCUUUCACUUUUUCCUGUUCUUCAAUUUUCUGGGUCUGGUGAGUUUUCUCUGUUUUUGAGUUUUCUCUUCUCACUUUUCUUGAUUCUUCCACUUUUUCUCAUCUGGGUCUUUCUUGUUUUUCAGAUUUCAAGUUUUGUUGGAUUCAAAGUUGGGACCUUUUUCCCCAAUUGGGUGUUUUUGUGGUAUAAAGUUUGUUAAUUUCUUGUGUUUCUGUUCUGGAUCUUGCUUCUAGUGCAUGCUGGGUCUGUUCAGAGAUUUUGGUUUCUGGGAGUUGAUCAUUCUCAGUAGAUUUGGUUGUGUUUCAUUUGAAUGUUAGCUUAGGAGGUUGGAUUGGAGUUGGGAAUUUUGAUCAGGAAGUUGGGAAUUGAGGCUUUGUCUCUGUGGUGUUAGACUAGGGGAUGUGAUGGUUCUUGGGAUUUAAGUCUUGUGUGAGGAGCUUGAGCUUGUUUGCUGUUGCCAACUGUCUGUCGGGGGCCUUCAGGGAAACAAUGUUUCAUGCUCAGGGAACUUGUAGUGUGCUUGUGGUCACUUGUGGAGAGAUUUCGGAAGAUAAACGUGGUAAGGCGACCCCGGACGAUAAGCUGAGGUACCCAUUUCCGGAGUUAGUAUCUUCAGGGCGUUUGGAGGUUCAAACUCUGACUAACCCGAGUAAAGAGGAGUUUCGUAAGUUGCUUGAAUCGUAUAAGCCGAAUCUUGUUUACUUGCAAGGAGAGCAGCUUGAGAAUGAUGAAGUCGGUUCUCUUGUGUGGAGAGAUGCCGAUUUGUCAACCGCUGAAUCUAUAUCUAACAUCUUUGAUGCCACAUUGCCUACAACUGUUUAUUUGGAGGUUCCAAAUGGAGAAGAAAUGGCAGUGACACUUCAAUCAAAGGGAAUUCCUUAUGUGAUAUAUUGGAAAGAGGCUUUCUCUACUUAUGCUGCUUGCCAUUUUCGACAUGCUUUACUUUCAGUUGUUCAAAGUUCAUCAACUCAUACAUGGGAUGCUUUCCAAAUUGCACAUGCUUCUUUCAGGCUCUACUGUGUAAACGACCAUGUUCUUCAUGCUAAUUUAGAUAAACCCAGUGCUGAUCUGGGCCCGUGCAUUCUCGGUGAGCAAUUGAAAAUCAUUGUUGAUCCCCUUGAAGCAGAUAUCGAGGAAGAUGAAGAAGGUGCCACGGGUUCCCUUCCUGCUAUAAAGAUACAUGAUGAUGAUGUGAGCUUGAGAUUUCUUGUUUGCGGGCAGCCCUCCACAUUGGAUGCAGGCAUAUUAGAACCAUUGGAGGAUGGUCUCAAUGCCCUUUUAAACAUCGAAAUGCGUGGAAGCAAGCUUCACGGCAAGUUUAGUGCUCCCCCACCACCUCUUCAGGCUGGCACAUUUUCUCGUGGAGUUGUGACUAUGCGAUGUGAUAUAUCAACUUGUAGUUCUGCUCACAUAUCACUUCUUGUUUCGGGUAGCGCACAAACUUGCUUUGAUGAUCAGCUCUUGGAGAGUCAUAUAAAGCAUGAAGUCAUUGAAAUGAAUCAACUAGUACAUGCAAUCCCCAACAAUGAUGGAAACAAAUUACCUCUAAUAGAACCACGAAAAUCUGCUGCUAUUGCCUGUGGAGCUACCGUAUUUGAAGUUAGCAUGAAGGUUCCUAUAUGGGCUUCACAGGUUCUGAGGCAGCUUGCACCUGAUGUAUCUUAUCAUAGUUUAGUUGCCCUUGGAAUUGCCAGCAUUCAGGGGUUGCCUGUUGCUUCUUUCGAAAAAGAUGAUGCUGACCGCCUUCUUUUCUUCUGUUCAAGUCAAUUGAAUGAUAACCAGACAAAUGAUUUUUUUCUUACAAGUCCUCCUGCAUGGCUGAGACCGCCUGCUCCUAGUAAGAAGAGAUCUCGCCCAUUAGGGGCAAUGUCUGGCCCACGUUAUAGCCAUGGGCUUCCAAAUCUAGCUGCUUCUAAAGUAGAAGAAAAUGAAAAAGGAGGAGCAAUGAAUGGAUUUAGCACACCUUUACUCCCAGCGAGGCAAAGAUUAAAAACAGCUGCCAUGCGGCCCAUUCCUCAUGUUCGUCGUCCUAAAAUGACACCAUUUUCUGGAAUUUCAGAGGUAAAUGGGCAUGAUGGUAGCCACGUGGUGAAGGCUCAUCUGCCUCCUGUUCCGCCCACAAAGCUCAAUGUUGUUGGAUUGACUCCUACAACGCAACGAAAGUCGUACUCCAGCUCAUCUCAGGCUAAGCAGAUUAUUUCUUUGAAUCCUCUGCCUUUAAAGAAACAUGGUUGUGGUAGAGGCCCAAUACAUUCUUGCUUAGAGGAGGAAUUUUUGAAGGAUGUAAUGCAGUUUCUGAUCCUCCGUGGACAUAGUCGACUCAUUCCACAGGGUGGCCUGACUGAGUUUCCAGACGCCAUUCUCAAUGGAAAGCGCCUUGACCUCUACAACUUGUAUAAAGAGGUGGUUACCAGAGGAGGCUUUCAUGUUGGCAAUGGCAUCAACUGGAAAGGACAGAUUUUCUCAAAGAUGCGCAACUACACAAUGACCAAUAGGAUGACUGGUGUUGGAAAUACUCUUAAAAGACAUUACGAAACCUACCUUCUUGAAUACGAGUUGGCUCAUGAUGAUGUAGAUGGAGAAUGUUGCUUAUUGUGUCACAGUAGCGCAGCAGGUGAUUGGGUAAACUGCGGAAUAUGUGGUGAGUGGGCCCACUUUGGCUGUGACAGAAGGCAGGGGCUUGGUGCCUUUAAGGAUUAUGCAAAGACAGAUGGGCUGGAAUACAUUUGUCCACACUGCAGUAUUAGCAACUUCAAGAAGAAGCCGCAGAAAGUCACAAAUGGAUUUUCCCAAGGCUCCACACUAUCACGACCGUUGUAAUUCAGUUUUGCUCCGUUAUAAUGAUAACAUAAUCUUUUUCAUUUGGCUCUCUGAUUUGGAAGCUGUGUUCCUCUCUACCCGGCAUGAGAGAUUGAUAAUAUUGCUCAGGUAUUGGGAUAAGCAAGUAUUCAUUAGGCCUCAGCUGCUGCAUUGAUGCCUUGAUGGUAAAGUAAAAGAUAGGAGAUCGAAGGUGGGGGAGGACAAAUUUAGGAAACAGCAAGUGUAGUAGAGCUCAUACUAGUUAGUGUAGACAUUUAUUACGGGUGGGAAAUGUCCGUCUGCCUUUUUUCGUUCUUGCUUUUCCUUUUGGCGAGGGGGGUGAUUUGUGGGUUGAUAGUCGAUAAAUCCCCAUGUUUCAGAGGGUCGUUGUAAUAUAAUCCGAGUAUCUCCAUGUUAUGUUAACAUAUAUGACUGAUGUAGUGUUUAAUGAAAGAUUAAUGAUUAUCUUAUACCAGUUGGUAUUCUUUUCUCAGUCC